AUGUAUCCUGGGGCGAUCGGCAACCCGGCGUCAGAUGCGGGGAAAACAAGCUCGAAAAACCGCCUGACCCAAUCAAAUCCUAAUGCAGGCCGAAACGAGACCGAAACUACAACUUUGAUCAAUUUUGAUUUCAUCCGGUUUUUGUUUGCAGUGAAGCUUCAGUUCCGGGGAUUCCACAUCAAGAACAUUCCCUGGAACGAAUCCUACGCCACGGUCGGGUCCACGGAGUUCAACGGCCUCUGCUCCAAGAUCGAAUUCGGCGCAUUUGAGCUCUUCGACAAAUCGAUGGGGGUAACCCAGUCCAAGGAAUCUUCAGAAAACUCUGGCCCGGAGGACGGAGGGAAGAAAAUUGGAAAACCGGAGAGUGCAUAA